AUGUCUUCUUCGCUUUUGGAAGACAUGCGAGCGCAGUUUCAACUCGCGAGAGAUCUGGAAAAGUCUGACCAAAACGGGAAAAAAGCGAUCGAGCAGUACCGUUUGGUGAUAUUUUCCUCCACGGGUUCAGAGGAGGAGGAGGAGGAAAAGAAGAAGAAGAAAAAGACGACGACGGAGAUGAACGAGGAGACAAAAAUUAAAGAGCAAGCCAUCGACGCGGUCUCGCGCGUGUACGCGAAAAACAACGACGCGAACGCGAUUAAACUUUUAGUGGAUGAGUUGAAACCACUGUUCGAGCAAAUGCCGAAAGCGAAGACGGCGAAGAUUGUGAGGAAUUUGAUCGAUGUGUUCGCGUCGCUGGAAGGGUUCGACGACUUGCAAGUGGAGCUGUGUAAAGAGCAAAUCGCGUGGAGUAAGAAAGAGAAGAGGACGUUUUUGAGGCACAGGGUGGAGUUGCGGCUCGCGGCGUUGUAUUUGAAAAGCCGGCGGUAUACGGAUUCGCUGAGGAUGAUUUCGAGUUUAGCCAGAGAGGUGAAAAAGUUGGACGAUAAGCUUUUGUUGGUGGAUAUACACUUGCUAGAGUCGAAGAUUCACUACGCGUUGAACGAUUUGGCCAAAGCGAAAGCGGCUUUGACCGCGAGUAGGACGAAUGCCGGGUCGAUUUACGUGCCGCCGAGCGCGCAGUGCGGCAUCGAUUUGCAAAGCGGUAUUUUACACGCCGAAGAGAAGGAUUACAAGACUGGAUAUUCGUAUUUUUUCGAGGCGUUCGAGCAGUUGACGAAUUUGGACGACGCGACGUACAAGAAAGAAACCGUCGUUGCGUUGAAGUACAUGUUGAUGUGUAAAAUUAUGAGCGGGAACGCCGGCGACGUGAAGACUUUAGUGGCGAGUAAAAGCGGGUUGAAAUUCGCCGGCGAGGAGUCGUUGGAUGCCAUGAAAGCGGUAGCCGAGGCGUACAUUUCGAGGAGUUUGAAAGAUUUGGAGAGAGUUUUGAGAGAUUAUAGAGAGUUUUUGGAUAACGAUCCAAUCGUGGCGAACCAUUUGGGUAAGUUGAAGGACGAUUUGAUGGAACAAAACUUGUUUCGAUUGAUCGAGCCAUAUUCGCGAGUGGAAAUUGCGAGAAUAGCCGAGUUGAUCGAGUUGCCGACGCUGGCGGUGGAGAGUAAGUUGAGUCAAAUGAUUUUGGACGGGAAAUUUGAGGGUAUAUUAGAUCAAGGGAGCGGGUGUUUGGUGGUUUUUGAUGAGCAACCGCCGGAGACGAUGUAUAAGGCAACUUUGGAGACGAUCGGGAACAUGACGCAAGUCGUCGAAAAGCUCCAAAAGAGAAGCGAGGGGAUUAUUUUAGGACAAUAA